CCAGAGCCCUCUCGUAAGAAGCAUUUGGAGUGCGCAGGUGCAGUAACAUCUGCGGCCAGCAUGGAGGCGCUGCUGAAGAAGGAGAUGGGUCUGUCCCGGGUGAAGAGGUCCGGUCACUCCGGAGGGGGCUGCAUCAGUCAGGGCCAGAGCUACGACACCGACUGCGGGUGCUACUAUGUCAAGUGCAACCACAAGGCUGAGGCGAGAAAGAUGUUUGAGGGAGAGAUGGCGAGCCUGGAGGCCAUCCUGCAGACUGGCACCAUCAGAGCCCCCAAACCGGUAAAGGUCAUCGAUCAGCCAUCGGGGGGCGCUAUGCUGGUGAUGGAGCACCUGGACAUGAGAAGCCUCAAUAGGCAGUCUGCACGUCUAGGGGAGCAGCUCGCCGACCUUCACCUCCAUAACCAGCGGCUACGAGAAAAGCUGGAGAAAGAGAGCGGCAUUGUGGGUAAAGGCCCCGGACAGACGGACGUUGGGUAUGUGGAUAAGUUCGGUUUCCACGUGGCGACCUGCUGUGGGUUCAUCCCCCUGGUGAAUGAGUGGCAGGAGGAUUGGGUCAUGUUCUACACCCGCCAGAGAAUACAGCACCAGAUGGACCUGAUGGAGAAGACGUAUGGAGACAGAGAAGCCAGGGAGCUAUGGGCACAAGUACAGGUGACGGUCCCUCAGCUCUUCUCCGGGGUGGUCGUGGUCCCGUCUCUUCUUCACGGUGACCUGUGGGGAGGGAACGUUGCGGAGCUGGACACCGGACCGGUGAUAUUUGACCCCGCCUCCUUCUACGGACACUCGGAGUUUGAGCUGGCCAUCGCCGGCAUGUUCGGGGGCUUCGGCUCCUCCUUUUACUCCGCCUACCAUUCCAAAAUCCCCAAGACCCCCGGAUCCGACAAGCGGCUGAAGUUCUACCAACUCUUCCACUAUCUGAACCACUGGAACCAUUUUGGGGGCGGCUACCGGGGGUCCUCGCUGAGCACCAUGAGAAGCCUUCUGAAGUGAGCGGACACUGACCUCCGACCUCACAAGACUCCUCCCCCUCAUAUUUCAGGUUAGAUGCAAUUGUAACGAACCCUCAGCUGUGAGAAGUUUUAGGUUUAUGCAGGACUUCAGCCUCAUUCACUGACAGCAAGCGGAGAUGUUGACAAUACAGAGAAAUAGAUAACGCAGCUGCUGUUGACCAUGUGACGCGUGACUUCUCCAAUAAACCGACUGCCCUGCGA